CCUCACUGUACCCAACCGCCUUACAAAAGGUGAAGCGGAUUGAGCAUUGCGUUGGAGCAGCGCGAUUAUUUCUAAUAAAAACAGUGGAUCGUUUUUUUAUACGUCAAAUGCAUUUAUUUUUAGCUGCAAUACCUAAGAACAUGCAUUCUACUAUGUUUUUCUCCUUUUAAUUAAACUUCAUCUGUGGAUUUGGAGUGGAGAUCUAAUAGCCCAACAGCUGUAGGCUACAACAGCUGUAAGUUAGCCAAAGAAAAACUCAUAUUUUGUGGAUACAAAAAUGUGCUUUGGAUAGUGAAUGAGAAGAAGACAAACUGGUUGUGAACGACCUCGCCCUGAGCCGGACUCACCAUGGCGACGGGAGUAGCAGCAUGGCUCCCCUUUGCCCGUGCUGCUGCAAUUGGCUGGAUGCCCGUUGCCAACCUGCCCAUGCCCAUUGCCCCAACCGAGAAGAACAAACGUGCAGACGAGCUCAUCAUCCUCAAUGUCAGUGGACGGCGCUUCGAAACCUGGAGGAAUACUCUGGAUAGAUACCCUGACACACUUCUUGGCAGCUCAGAGAAAGAGUUCUUUUACAAUGAGGAUACCAAAGAAUAUUUCUUUGACAGAGACCCGGAUGUGUUCCGUGCUGUUCUCAACUUCUACCGCACAGGUAAGCUUCAUUAUCCUCGUUCUGAGUGCAUUUUAGCCUAUGACGAAGAGCUGUCUUUUUUUGGGAUAAUCCCUGAGAUAAUUGGCGACUGCUGCUACGAAGAAUACAAGGACCGUAGGCGUGAGAACCAAGAAAGACUAAUGGACGAUGACGAGGACAAGAAAGACGCCAAGCUUCCCAACAUGACGUUCAGAGAGACAAUGUGGAGAGCAUUUGAAAACCCCCAUACCUCCACCAUGGCCCUGGUUUUUUACUAUGUGACAGGUUUUUUCAUUGCCAUUUCUGUCCUCACCAAUGUGGUGGAGACGGUGCCCUGCGGUACCACCCCCAACACCAAGGAGGUGCCAUGUGGCGAGCGCUACACUGUAGCUUUCUUCUGCAUGGACACGGCUUGUGUCCUCAUCUUCACAGUGGAGUACCUUAUGCGGCUGUUCGCUGCUCCAAGCCGGUACCGCUUCAUGCGCAGCGUGAUGAGCAUCAUCGACGUGGUGGCCAUCUUGCCCUACUACAUUGGCCUGGUGAUGACGAACAACGAGGACGUGAGCGGGGCCUUCGUGACACUCCGUGUCUUCCGGGUAUUCCGUAUUUUCAAGUUUUCCCGCCACUCUCAGGGGCUGCGCAUCCUGGGCUACACGCUGAAAAGCUGUGCCUCAGAGCUGGGGUUCCUCCUGUUCUCCCUCACCAUGGCAAUCAUCAUCUUUGCCACAGUGAUGUUUUACGCUGAGAAAGGUUCGACUUCAAGCAAGUUCACCAGCAUCCCAGCCUCCUUUUGGUACACCAUUGUUACUAUGACUACGCUCGGAUACGGAGACAUGGUUCCUAAAACAAUUGCUGGGAAGAUCUUUGGUUCAAUCUGUUCUCUGAGUGGGGUGUUGGUCAUUGCCCUGCCUGUCCCCGUCAUCGUGUCCAACUUCAGCCGUAUUUACCACCAGAACCAAAGGGCUGACAAACGGAGGGCGCAGAAGAUGCAGAAAGCCCGUCUGGCCAGGAUACGAAUAUCGAAGACAGGAAACUCCAACGCCUUUCUCCACAGUAAACGCAAUGGCCUCUUCAGUGAUGCCUUGGAGCUCACGAGUUCCACAGAGGAAGAACAGCAGCUGAGCAAGAACCAGUCUCUAUUAGAAAGCCAACACCACCACCUGCUGCACUGUCUCGAGAAAACAACGAAUCAUAAGUUUGCAGAUGAGCAGUGUUAUGAGCAAAGCUAUUUGGAGGGGGCACUCCAUAGCUACCCAUCACGAAGCCCCUCCUUCUCCAGCCAAGAGGGUAUGACGGGCACCUGCUGUACCUGCUGCUCCAAGAGAAACCACGGCCCUUUCCCCAACUCUAGUAUGCCCACAUGCCUUCUCACAAACCCCCCCUCACACACACACCCUCAUCAUAAUCUGCAGGAGCUCAGCACCAUCCACAUUCAGCCCCUCAACACCAGUCGUUCCAGUCUGAACAUGCUUGUGGAUGAGCCCGCACGCCCCAACUGCCAGAGCGGCACAAUCACCACAGCAAUCAUAAGCAGUCCAAUGCCCCCCGCAACCACUCCUGAAGUUGAUGCUCACCUGCCACCCACUGGCUUCGCCCUUCAGAACGUUGUAAAAGUGUCUGCGAUGUGAAGGCGGGACAUACCGAGAGACAAGAUGGAGACAGAUAGACAGGGACAAUGUGAACGAUAGAAGGACAGGAUCAAGAGAAUUGGAAAGGCAGAGUCCCAGACUGGAGCCAUGGGAAAGGACUGCCCUGUAGUUGAGAUGUGCUGUAAGGACAUGGACUCCAAGAAGAAAUGGAUGAUGGAUAUAGAUACAGUGUACUGUGUGUGUGUUUACGUGUAUGUUUGUCAGCAUUUAGUGUUUUUUUAUGGGUAUGUGUUUGUGUAAGGAGAGAGAAAAAGAGAGAGAAACACUUGAUCAGUCGCUGGAGAGAUAUAAUGGAGUAAAGUAAUUUUUCACUGUGGACACAGCACCUUUAAUGGUUAAGUAGUCUAUCUGAGUUUGAUGCUUGACAUGUCUGGUCUAUACAAAGUCCAUAUCAAAGAAGACAAAGAAUACAUAUUGAAGUCUUUAUAUUCACAUUUUCUUUUGGUUUAUUUUGUUCCACUAAUCUUCAUAAAUACUAGUAACAUACACCGAUCAGCCAUAACAUUAUGACCACCUGCCUAAUAUGGUGUA